AUGGAAGGAAGGUUGGUUUUGAUGUGGGUUUUGAUCCUCUGCAUCACCACCGUAUCGGUGCACUGCAAAUACCACUCCGAUAGCGUGUCAUAUGUGCCAAAGGAGAAGAAGACCCACCUCUUGUUCUUCCUUCAUGACACCAUCAGUGGCAAGAAAGCAAGUGCUGUCAAGGUGGCCCAUGCUAACCUCACCGGAGAUGACACCAACCCGACCCCAUUCGGCAGCGUGUUCGUCUUCGACGACCCUCUCACGGAGGGCCCCGAGCCGACGUCCAAGGUGAUCGGCAAUGCCCGUGGCAUCUAUGUCUCCUCCAGUCAAGAUGCCACACUGACAUUGGUGGUGUACGCUGAUUUUGGUUUUACCACGGGUAAGUUUAACGGAAGCUCGAUCAGUGUGUUCUCAAGACUUCCGCUGACUCCGGCACAGCCGACCGAAGAGGUGGCGGUGGUCGGAGGGAGAGGGAGGUUCAGGAUGGCUAGAGGGUUUGCUAAGCACAAAACUCAUGACUUCAAUGCUAUUACUGGUGAUGCUGUUUCGGAGUAUGAGGUGACUGUAGUUCAUUAUUGA